UUAACAGCUAGCUAUCACCACUUAACCUGACGCCUUCAAUGCGCCAUCAGACAUAAUGAACGCACCUCAUACCGUCUUGCGCAGUCUGCGCAUGUCGAAACAGAUCCCGAGGUGUAAAAGAUUCACAAAUGCACCGCCCAGGAGACAAUUCACAUCAUCCUUCUUUCGUCGCAAGCAACAGCCAUCAGCCGACGAUCCAGAAUUCGUCUCUAUUCUCGACGGACCUCCAAAGCUUGUCCGCGUUGGAAAACGCCAUGGCCCAGGUCUAAUCAUCCUCGCUAUUAUCCCCAUUACAGCCUUCAUCCUCGGAACAUGGCAAGUCCAGCGUCUAGGCUGGAAAUCCGAACUCAUCGCCAAAUUCGAAGACCGACUGAUCCGCGACCCUCUACCUCUCCCACCAACCAUCGAUCCCGAUGCCAUCCAUGACUUUGACUAUCGCCGUGUUGUAGCGAGGGGUCAUUUCCGACAUGAUCAAGAAAUGCUCAUCGGACCGCGUAUGCGAGAUGGUACAGAUGGAUACAUGGUAGUCACACCAUUGGAGCGAGAGAACGGCACGACAAUUCUCGUUAACCGAGGCUGGAUCGACAAGAAGCACAGAGAUAAGAGGACACGACCUGAUGGACUACCUACGGGUGAGGUCACAGUGGAAGGACUUUUAAGAGAGCCGUGGAAGAAGAACAUGUUUACGCCAGAAAAUCAGCCCGAGAAGGGCAUGUUUUAUUUCCCGGAUGUGAAGCAGAUGGCUGCUUUGACCGGUAGCCAGCCUGUCUGGGUUGAGGCUACUAUGGAACCCGAGUUCAUGCAAAUGGUCGACUUCGAGGCUCGCGGUAUUCCCUAUGGCCGACCCGCGGAGGUAAACCUGCGAAACAACCAUGCCCAGUAUAUCUUUACCUGGUAUGGCCUUGCUGUCGCAACAUCCAUCAUGCUUUGGAUGGUAGUCAAAAAGCCUGCCAACGACGUCGCUCGUCGUGUAGCUCGUUCAAAGGGCCUGUAAACUGCAUAUCUCAUAACGCAUGCACCACCAUUUAAAACUCAUGUGUCUUCAGCAUCUUGAGCAACUUCUGCCUCGUCGCCUCGGCCCGACACACGUCUCGCCUUGCGUUGCUUAGCGGGUUGCGGAACUGGCAUUCUCAGCUCCUGGAGGAGUUCUCUGGGGAGGUGCUUCUGUGCCAAGGAGAACAUGGAGGAACGCGGCCCUAUCUGACGCUGCCUGUACGAUAUUAGAAUUUAUGGCUAGAACAAGAUACGGAGCUGAUACCCCAGUGGAAUAACAUACCUUUUCAUGAGUGUGAAGACGUCGCUCUCCUCGAUUGUUUUGCGCUUCGCGUGAUCCGCAUAGGCUCCUAAAUCGUCCCCCAGCUGCUCAAAGAACCAUUCCGAGGACUGAAUGAGAGCAUCUAAUGUCUCCGCCGAUAGACGCUGGUUGCUUAGACCUGACGAUUGGAGAGCCGUCUGGGCCACUCGCUUGACAAAAGCCGGAGGCAGUGAGGGGUACUCAAUGCCAUGUUGUGAUAUCCGCUUUCGCUUCUUUGCUUUCAAGCCGCGAGGUAGUCUAUCAUCCGCUGGUUCAUGACGUAACCCGGUUGUGACUGUUGGCUCUGGUUUUGGCACUGGCUCUUCAUUUAUUGAGCUAUGAUCGUCGACGCCACCCUCGUUAUGAUCCCAACCGUCCAUUCCGAAGUCCCCGCCACCACCAUCGGAGUCGGAUCCAUAAGCAACAUCGGGGCGGGGAUCCUGAGUGUCAUCUGCCCUGGCUUCUGCUACUGACGGCUCGCCAAUUGGUGAUGUUGCUUGAAGAUCGUUGGCGGGGUCAGACAUUUGAAAGACAGUUCCAUCCUCAAGUCCACCGGGGUACUCGAAAUUGAAGUCACUUCCUGGGCCCUCGGUCAUUCGCCGGGUCUGGUCUGCUUCAAUACUGUUUUUAUGUGAGCAAUGCAUUGCAUCUAAUUAGUCGGUUAUAGACUUACGGCUCGAGUGUCAUAUCGUCCUGCCCAGCUCUCGCCUGAAGAUCUUCUAGCAGACCGGGGAAGAAAUCCGAUUGUUCAAUAUCGCCCUCUGUGGCUUCAUUGAAGUAGUCGCUCAUGCGUUCGCUGCCAGGACUCCCUCGAGAUAACCGAGAGUCAUUCGCAAUCCUUCGAGGCAUCUCAAUAGACUGCAUAGUAAAGUUGUCCUCAUCCAAUUGUGACAACCUUGGUGGAGGCAAAUCUGAGCUGGUACUAGAGGCAUCUUCAAUGUCCAACGGCAAGGAUAGUCUUGGUGGCCUCGCGAGUAGAUCGUCGUCUUCAUCAUCGUCAUCAUCAUACAAGUUGCUGUCCUCCCUCCGUUCUGGUGACGAGCUCCGUUUAUUCCCUGGAGACGACGAAGAUGACGAGUGAAUAGGCUGACUCUUAUGCGCUAGUGUUCGACCGAGCAUUCGUAAAAUAUCCAAGGGUGUUUCUCUCUGUUGCAACAUGCUCUGUCUGCGGUUCUUUCCAGGUGUGAACAUUGCCGUGCGGCGCUGGUCAAGCAGCCGACGAGCGGCUUUGGCAUGAGGAGUUGGCGCAUUGGAUCGACCGGCAGAUGCUGGUGUACCACGGCGAAGAGAAGCACGCAGGUCCCGAGCACCGCUACGAUCGAGGGGUGUGUGAACACCAGAAAACGGCUCAGCGCUAAUAGCGCGGCGGUUUGGAGUUCUCGAAGGAGUUCGCGCGGGCGUUUCUUGCGAUGCCGCUUUUCCUGGCGGCGAUAGACUCGACAUGUUUGUGGUGGUGUUUGUUUAGAUGCGCCGGAAUGGCUGGCGGAGCGACGGCCGCUCAACUGGCAGAUAAUGUCUCGAAAUCGUGGAGGCCUUCAUCCAUAGAACUUUGAGAAGAUACGGGUGUAGCUCGAGCGCUGCAAUUCGGAGAAUUAUUUGUAUUUUCGGUUAUUGUUGAUGUUAUCGAUCCAUGUCAAUGAUGAAUGUCAAUUCAGAUUCAAGUGGGAACGCGACAAGCUUCAGCCAUAGGUACGCGACGAGGGGGAGCUUGAGUGCACGGACCAUUCACAUAAGGUGCUUGCAUUACUCCGUACUGUUGAUGUAAAUGACCAUGGCCUUAACUAUUUGAGAGAUUUCGUAGUACGGUUCAAUAUUUCACACAGACAACAUGUUGUGUUGCCA